CUCUCUCUCUCUCUCUCUCUCUCUCCCCAAACCACAUUUCUUCGUCGUCUUCUUCUUCUUCUUCUUCUUCUUCGUUGUCUCUGCUGAAGAGAGGGAAGUUACAGAGCAACAAACAUGAGCUCGGUAAAGGAGACUCUCCAGAUCCGGAAACCCACAUCGCUUCCGGUCUCGCAACCCUCCGCCGCCGACGCAGAUCAGCCGGGGCUCCUCCGCCGCCGCCUCUCCUCUCUCUCCCUCAACCUCUCUCAAUCCGUUUCCGCUCGAUUCCCCAGAUCCAACUCGGUUUCCGCCAUGGGAGAGCAAGCCGGGAGCUCUGUAAGGGAAUGGUGGGAUCGGGGAUGGGCGUGGAUCCUGUCGAGGAGACCCAUCUUCAUCAGAGAUCUGGAGAUGAACAAGGACGAGGCUAGGGUUCUUGAUUCCCACGACAGAGGAAGUCUCAUCCACGUCUUCUUCAAGCUCCGCUCGGAGAUCCGCCGCCUCAUCCGCUCCGACGGCGCCGACGGUCUUCCUCUCUCCUGCAAGUACGGAGCUCAGCGAUGACGUGGCGAAGUCUGUCUGUACGGAACGAAUCUAUGUUCCAAAGUGUGUCUACGUAUGCAACAAUAUAUCAUCAAUUCGUUGGGAAUUUUUGUGCAUGGCUCUGCUCUUUUUUUUUUAAGAAAAAAAAAAGAUCUUCGUUUUGCCGAUUAUUAUUGGAGUAUAAUAUAAUGUUUUCUGCUAUAAUUUGUAGAUUUUUGUGUGUGUGAUUUAGUUGUAUUGUAAAUGAAAAAAAAAAUUCUAUC